AUGCCACUACGCUGCAACAACCCGCCGUCGCCCUGGGCGCGCGUGAACGUGGCCGUGAGGGUGCGCCCCCUAAACGAGCGCGAGUCAGAGACCGUCCAGCAUCGUCUGCGCUGCGUGGGUGACGACAGGUGCCUCGGGUUAAACCCCAAAGCCGUAGCCGAGUCCGUCAACUUUCGAGGGCAGCAGGCAUGCGCGGGUGUCGUCAAGCCACACAAGGACUAUACUUUCAUGUUUGAUAAGGUCUUUGGUGAAGAUAAGAACAGUAAGUACAAUUGUGAGCGCACCACCAAAGAGAUGCUCACGACGCUUCUUGACGGCUACUAUUGUUCCGUUUUCGCCUACGGUGCAACCGGAACUGGCAAGACGUUCACCAUGCUGGGCUCCGAGGAUUGUCCCGGGUUGGUCUCCCUGACGGCAAGUGAGCUCUACCGGUGCGUGGAUAGGCUCCGCUCCAACAGCCAGUCAUGCGACGUUGCGGUCGCCUACAUGGAAGUCUGCAACGAGGUGGUACGCGACCUGCUGUGCCCCAAAGGACCGUCAUUGGUCGUGCGGGACGACCCAGCCAAGAGCAUCGCCAUCUCCAACCUUUCUAUUCACAACGUGAAGGAGUCUGGGACACUGUUCGAGUUCCUCCAGAAAGAGUCGUCGCGGUUUCAUACAAUAAUUCAGAUUUACAUAACGCAGACGGAGAACGUGACCAGCACGAGCAAAGAGAUUCGCGUCUCCAAGGUGAGCUUUGUCGACCUAGCUGGCUCGGAACGUGUCGCUGCCGGGAACAAAGACAUCAAGGACCAGAUACGCGAGGGCACCAAAGUUCACCUGUCGCUUCUGACCCUGGGCAACUGCUUUGAUGCCCUCUCCAAGGGUGGGGCUCAGUGGGUUCCGUACCAGGACUCUAAGGUGACGCACAUCCUGAAAGACUCUCUGGGUGGCACUUGUCGCACCCUCUUGAUGGCUUUCGUGUCGCCUUCCAAGCUCAGCUACACCGACACCCACAACACUCUCAAGUAUGCCGUGCGCGCCAUGAAGAUCGAACUGCAGGCCCAGAAAAAGGUCCACAACGUCAACGCACACACGCCUAUGUACAGCUCCCUCGUAGAGGAGUACAAGCGAAAGGUGGAAGGCCUUCAGCGCAAGCUCGACAAGGCAGAAAACGAGAAGUCCAAGCUCGAGAUCCAGGUGGUCGAGCUCAAAAAGAGCCUCGCGACGGCCAAGGACGCCCUGCUCCAAGAUCAACAUACUGACGCCGGCAGCAUCGUUCCAGCUUCGCAUAACGAUGCCCUGUCGACGACGUCCGUCCUCUCACUGACCAUCGAGGCGAACGAGCGCAGCGACGACAGCAGGACGGCCUACUUCUCGACACUACCAGAAAGAUCUAUGCAGCACGAGCGGACAUCAUUAGGCAGAAAUGGGAAAACGAAAACAUCCUUCGCGCCAGCGUGUUGA